AAAGCAGGAAAACAAAAAAAAACUAAAAGAAAAUCAGUAAGAAAAAUAUCAAUAACAUAAAAAAGAAAGAAAAACAAUAAUAGAGAUAAUAAAAAGUGUAAUAAAAGCAGAAAAUAUAAGUCUUGGUGUUUUACGUCUGGCAGCACCGAUCAUGUACCGCGGAAAGGUUGUCGUACCGUGAAGAGAAGCAGAUUAAGAAGCAAGCAAGAUGAUUAGUACACCCUCCUGCUGCUCCCACACUCUCCUGCACCUGCUGUGUGUGCCCCUGCUGCUCCUCUGCUGUGUUGGCAGCGUGGGCGGCGGCUUCGGCGGGCGUGGGCUGCCAAGGUUCGGUGUGGGACAGACUGAAGUGACGGUGCAGGAGGAAAGACUGCUAAACUGCCCUGUGUGGUUCGUCACUUGCAGGAUAAGGCGGUGACGUGGCUGCGACAGAGGGAUCUCCAUAUUCUAACUACAGGCCGCCACACUUACUCUGCUGAUGAACGCUUUUGGGUGUCUCAUCGGGCGGGUACUGAGGAGUGGACGCUUGUGGUGGAGUCAGCUCAGGUGCGUGACUCUGGUACCUACCUGUGUCAAGUGAACACUGACCCCAAGAUGUCCCUUCCCUUCAGCCUCAGUGUGCAGAAUUCGUCUAGGCCUAUCGGGGCGGCUAAGACCAAAUUUUUCCUGGCAAACAACACGGCGUCCACAAGAGAUGGGCGUCUGAAGGUGGAGGUGCUGGGGCCACGAGAGCGUUACAUCGAGGAGGGAUCCACACUGACUCUCACCUGUGUAGUCACGUCAACAGAGGGGCCUUCCACCUUGGUCUACUGGUACCACGACACCAGAAUGGUUGACUACAACUCCAAACGCGGAGGUAUUAAGCUCAAGAUCGACCACGCCCGGGGAGUCACGGCGGCGCGGCUGCUGGUAUAUCACGUGACUCUUAGUGACUCUGGGAUGUAUUCUUGUGUUCCCGCUGGUUCGCACCCCGCCGCCGUCCUUGUUCACGUGCAUGAGGGUAAGCAAGAGGCGGCCAUACAGCAGGGAGGAAUUAGCACCACUAUGUCCUCCUCCUCUUCCUCUUCCUCCUCCUCCUCUUCUUCCUCCUCUUCCUCUUCUUUCGUCCUUUUCCUCUUCCUAUCUCUUCACUCGAUUUUAGUUCAUAUUCCGUGCUAGCCUCCAUGUCUGUCUGUCUGUAUGUCUGGGUGUCUGUCUGUCUGUCUGUUCGUCUGUCUUUAUAUGUAGAUGUAAGCUCGUAACCUCUCUCUCUCUCUCUCUCUCUCUCUCUCUCUCUCUCUCU